AUGGCGAUUUCCUCCUCAUUCCACGAUCCUCACUUCUACUCUCUAAGUGUCUCAGAUAAGGAAUACCGUCUUUGGGGGCAUGAAAAGAAGCCUGCUGCAUGGGUGGAUAGCAAUCUCCAUGAAGAAGUUGACUUAGUUAUUGAACAUGGAAAACCGGUAAAUGACCAUAACGCCCCUGAUCUAAAUUUUCGGGACACUGUUGUGCCUGGCAUGCCUGAAUUUGAUCGGAAACUUGGUGCACCUGCAAAAAGGAUGGCUCCAUUGGUGACCUUGCAGAAGAAGGUGUAUAUGUCAAUGCUAAGAAGAGGGCUUCCUAAGCUUCUAGCAUUGUCUUCUGGAACUUGUAGUCAUCAAUCCUUGGAUAAUAUUGUAAUACAACUACGUAAAGCAGGUAGUCAUCCUCACCUCUUUGCUGGUAUAGAGCCAGAACCAUAUGAAGAGGGUGAACACUUGGUUCAGGCAAGUGGCAAACUGGUAGUCUUAGACCAACUACUUCAGAAGCUACAUACGUUUGGACACCGUGUUCUUCUGUUUGCACAGAUGACACAUACACUUAAUGUCUUACAGCAGAGCAGGGGUGUUGGGCUGAAUCUUGUAGCUGCUGAUACUGUGAACUUUGCAAUACUAACAUCUAUGGAGCAGGGUGUUUAA